GCCGCGGCCGCAGUGGCAGCGGCGGGGCGGGCGGUUGCGCGGCGGCCGACGCAGGUGUGAUGGGCAGGUGAGGAGAAGCCACCUCCCUGUCUGGUCUCAGCAUGACCGAGUGCUUCCUGCCCCCCACCAGCAGCCCCAGCGAGCACCGCAGGGCCGAGCACGGCAGCGGGCUGACCCGGACGCCCAGCUCCGAGGAGAUCAGCCCCACAAAGUUCCCUGGACUGUACCGCACGGGCGAGCCCUCGCCCCCCCAUGACGCCCUGCACGAGCCCGCCGAUGCGGCGUCGGAGGAUGAGAAGGACCAUGGCAAGAAGAAAGGAAAGUUCAAGAAGAAGGAGAAGAGGACUGAAGGCUAUGCUGCCUUUCAGGAAGAUAGUUCUGGAGAUGAAGCUGAAAGCCCUUCCAAAAUGAAGAGGUCCAAGGGAAUUCAUGUUUUCAAGAAGCCCAGCUUUUCUAAAAAGAAGGAGAAGGAUUUUAAAAUAAAAGAGAAACCCAAAGAAGAAAAGCAUAAAGAAGAAAAGCACAAAGAAGAAAAGCAUAAGGAGAAGAAGUCAAAGGACUUGACGGCAGCUGACGUUGUCAAACAGUGGAAGGAAAAGAAGAAAAAGAAGAAGCCCAUCCAGGAGCCGGAGGUGCCUCAGGUGGAUGCACCCAGCCUCAGGCCUGUCUUUGGGAUCCCUCUGGCUGCUGCGGUGGAGAGGACCAUGAUGUGUGACGGCGUCCGCCUGCCGGCUGUGUUCCGCGAGUGUGUGGACCAUGUGGAGAAGCACGGCAUGAAGUGCGAGGGCAUCUACAGAGUGUCAGGAAUUAAAUCAAAGGUGGAUGAACUAAAAGCAGCCUACGACCGAGAGGAGUCUCCAAAUUUGGAAGAAUACGAGCCCAACACUGUCGCCAGCUUGCUGAAGCAGUACCUGCGAGACCUGCCAGAGAAUUUGCUUACCAAAGAGCUGAUGCCCCGAUUCGAAGAGGCCUGCGGGAGGGCCACGGAGACCGAGAAAGUGCAGGAGUUCCAGCGCUUGCUCCAGGAACUGCCGGAAUGUAACUACCUUCUCAUUUCCUGGCUCAUUGUUCACAUGGACCACGUCAUUGCCAAGGAACUGGAAACGAAGAUGAACAUACAGAACAUCUCCAUCGUGCUCAGCCCCACUGUGCAGAUCAGCAAUCGUGUGCUGUAUGUGCUCUUCACACAUGUGCAAGAGCUCUUUGGAAACGUGGUACUAAAGCAAGUGACAAGACCUCUGCGGUGGUCGAACAUGGCCACCAUGCCCACGCUGCCAGAGACCCAGGCGGGUAUCAAGGAGGAGAUCCGGAGACAGGAGUUUCUUUUGAAUUGUUUACAUCGAGAUCUGCAGGGUGGGAUAAAGGAUUUAUUUAAAGAAGAAAGAUUAUGGGAAGUACAAAGAAUUUUGACAGCCCUCAAAAGAAAACUGAGAGAAGCUAAAAGACAGGAGUGUGAAACCAAGAUUGCACAAGAGAUAGCCUCAAAGGAGGACAUUUCCAAAGAAGAAAUGAAUGAAAAUGAAGAAGUCAUAAACAUUCUCCUUGCCCAGGAAAACGAGAUCCUGACGGAGCAGGAAGAGCUCCUGGCCAUGGAGCAGUUCCUGCGCCGGCAGAUCGCCGCCGAGAAGGAGGAGAUCGAGCGCCUCAGAGCCGAGAUUGCCGAGAUCCAGAGUCGCCAGCAGCAUGGCCGGAGCGAGACAGAGGAGUACUCCUCGGAGAGCGAGAGCGAGAGCGAGGACGAGGAGGAGCUGCAGCUCAUCCUGGAGGACUUGCAGAGGCAGAACGAGGAGCUGGAGAUAAAGAACAACCACUUGAACCAGGCCGUCCAUGAGGAGCGCGAGGCCAUCAUCGAGCUGCGGGUGCAGCUGCGCCUGCUCCAGACACAGCGUGCCAGGGCCGAGCAGCCCGAGGACGAGGAGCCCCGCGAUGGUGCGCCCGAGGUGAAGGCUGGCAAGGAGCCCGCGAAGCCGUCGCCCAGCAGAGACCGCCGGGAGACGCCCCUCUGAGCGCCCGGGCAGUGGCGCUGGAAGGUGCCUGUGGCCCAGAGUGCCCAGUGCGGCCGGCGCUGUCCCUUCUGUAAAGACGCCUUCUCUCCUCAGACUCCUCG